UAAUUUUUGCAUUUGUUGUAUUCAUUUCUAAUCAAAAAUUAAUUGUUAAAUUAAGUCCUGCAGCCUUUUUUUAAAUUUAACUCGUCUUAAAAUAACUGGUCAUUGGCCCAUUCGUGUUUGCCCACCUUAAUUAAGCAAGAUAUAAAUAAUUGGUUCGUGCUGUGAACGCACAUUUCUACGUUCCACAAAAGAUGUCUUUUUAAAUUGAAAUUGCCUAUUUUUAGGCACUUAAGUGGUGUUAUGUCAACUUUUGUUUUGACAGAUAAAUUAGUUUCUUUAGAAAACAUAUCAAAAUCAAAACAUUGCAAAUUUUAUUAUUAUUUUUAUAAACAUGUCAAAAGAAAUAAAUAAUGGAAUAGCUCAAUCGAUCUGUGAUAAUUUAACCAAAGUCCGUGAUAUUAUUUUGCAAAAUAAUUGCAAUUCAAAUUCUCCAAACGGAUUACCCACAGACACAGAGUCUCUCGUCGAGGAAUUGUAUUCGGAGUUUUUUCAAAAGUUCUUCAUACAUUACGAUGAUAACAUCUUCUGCAACCGACGCUCUUGUGGAACCGUUUAUCCUUCUUCCAUUCCACCUACCGAUGAGGAUCUCUGGAUAUUUGGCUACGGUUCAUUAGUUUGGAAAGCUGAUUUUUCUUUCAUCGAUAAAAAACAAGGUUAUAUCGAAGGCUAUCAGAGAAGAUUCUUCCAACACAGUAUUGAUCAUCGAGGAACACCUGACCGACCAGGGAGAGUUGUGACACUGGUGCCGUCCAAUAACCAACAAGAUAGAGUUUACGGUGUUGCUUAUAGAAUAGCUAAGCAGGAGAAGAAUGAAGUCCUUGCACACCUGGAUUUUCGAGAGAAGAAUGGCUAUCAGAGGAAAACGCUUAAGUUUAUUGAGUUUGGUACAGGUUAUACCAACGAUAUCAUAAUAUACAUUGCCACAAAUGACAACGACAGUUUCGCUGGAGGAAAUGAAGAUGACCUACAACCAAUUGCCGACCAGAUUUACACGACCGCUGGACCGAGUGGCCCCAAUCGAGAGUAUUUGUACUACUUGGCCAAUGCAAUGAGAGAUCUAUUUCCUGGUGUCGUUGACGAUCAUUUGUUCAAACUAGAAGAAAUAGUAAAAGAGCGCGAACGAAAAGAUGAGAUGCUGAUCGGUAUGAUAAAAUCAAAAAUUCGCACAAUUUUGAUGCAUGAUAAUAUCGAUGUUAUUGUCGAAAAAUUCCACGAGCUAUUCCUAAGUUGUAGCACGAUAAACAAUUAGAGACGACAUAUGUUAAAAUUAAUUGUGAUAGAUGAGUAAAUUUUUCAAAUUGAUUGUUAAUAAAUUGUUGCAAAAUUAAAAGCUUUAAAAAUUAAUAAA